AUGAAUGAAGACCCGAAGGUCAAUGUAAGCGGGCUGCCUCGGGAGUUUGUAGAUGCCGGUGCCUCCGGGAACAUCUCCGCAGAGGUCUCCUCCCAGGUCCCUGUCCUGCAGCCGGAGCCGGACCUGGUGGUUAACCCCUGGGACAUUGUCUUAUGUACCUCGGGAACCCUCAUCUCCUGCGAAAAUGCCAUCGUGGUCCUUAUCAUCUUCCACAACCCCAGCCUGCGGGCACCCAUGUUUCUGCUGAUAGGCAGCCUGGCGCUUGCAGACCUGCUGGCCGGCAUUGGACUCAUCGUCAAUUUCGUGUUUGCCUACCUGCUUCAGUCAGAGGCCACCAAGCUGGUCACCAUUGGACUUAUCGUGGCCUCUUUCUCUGCCUCCGUCUGCAGCUUGCUGGCCAUCACGGUUGACCGCUACCUCUCCUUGUAUUACGCCCUGACCUACCACUCAGAGAGGACGGUCACGUUUACCUACGUCAUGCUCUUCAUGCUCUGGGGGACCUCCAUCUGCCUGGGCCUGCUGCCGGUCCUGGGCUGGAACUGCCUGCGGGACGAGUCCACUUGCAGCGUGGUCAGGCCCCUCACCAAGAACAACGCCGCCAUCCUGUCGGUCUCCUUCCUCUUCACCUUCGCACUCAUGCUGCAGCUCUACAUCCAGAUCUGUAAGAUUGUCAUGCGGCACGCCCAUCAGAUCGCCCUGCAGCACCACUUCCUGGCCACCUCGCACUACGUGACCACCCGGAAGGGGGUCUCCACCCUGGCCAUCAUCCUGGGGACCUUCGCUGCUUGCUGGAUGCCUUUCACCCUCUACUCCUUGAUCGCCGAUUACACCUACCCCUCCAUCUACACCUAUGCCACCCUCCUGCCCGCCACCUACAACUCCAUCAUCAACCCCGUCAUAUAUGCAUUCAGAAACCAGGAGAUCCAGAAGGCCCUCUGCCUCGUGUGCUGCGGCUGCGUCCCGCCUGGCCUGUCCCAGAGAGCGCGGUCACCCAGCGACGUGUAG